GAUGACAGAUUAAAAAUUCAUAGUGUUGAACGAUCAUUUUAAAUGUCUCCAUAAUUAGUCUGACCUUUGUUAGUUAAUGGAAUGUGAAAAAGAUGAAUCUAUUGAACAUUUUUUAGAUGUAAGAUGCGAUACUUUUUCAUAAAAUUUAGUAAAGUUAUUAUCUGAAAAUAAUACAAAUUUAAUUUCAUCUCCAUUUAAGAUUCCAUUUAUGAGGCCUGAUAUUCGUACUAUUCUAUCAUCUUUAUUGUCUGAUAUGAAUUCAUAUUACACAUAUUUUACUGUUGCUGAUCUAGAUAAUAAAAAUCUUAUUAAUGUUAAAUUAAACAUUUUUGUUUUAAGCGAUAACUUUAUUGAUUAUUUUAUAAUCUAAUUUGAACAUCAAUUAAAAUCUAUAAACAAAUCUAUUUACACAUUCCCAGAUAAUUUCAAAUUAAAUAAUACAAAUAAUCAUUAAAAUAAUUCUAACCAUUCAAAAUAAACUUAUGAAACAUUAUCAAGUGAAAUGUUAAGUAAUAUAUUCUAAUCAAUUUCUCAUGAAUUUGGUACAUUUUUAAAUUGUAUUUUAACUGUUUCAUCUGAAGCAAUGGAAAAUGAACUUAUAAAUGAAUAAGUUAAAGCUACUUACAUUGAACCUACUUAUAUAAACUCUAAAUUAUUAUCCUAUGUAUUAUAGAGUGUAAGAGAUUUUAAUACAAUUCUAUUAAAGUAAUUUGCUUUAAGACUUCAAGAGUUCAGUCCUUUUGAAAUUAUUUAAGAAAUUUAAUAUCUAUUAAAUUAAUAAACAACAUAGAGAAAUAAUUAAAUUAUUAUCAAUUGUCCUUAACAUCUACUAGUAUAUAAUGAUCAAGAUAGAUUUAAAUAAGUACUCUAUUAAUUAAUGAGUAAUUCAAUAAGAUUUACUGAAAAUGGUAUGAUCACAGUUUCUAUUACAAUUUAUAAGGAUAAAAUAAAAGUGAAAGUAAAAGAUAAUGGUAUAGGGAUGAAUUAGGCAGAGUAAUAGAAAUUACAUAAAUUAUUGAAGGACAAUACCAAAUUAUUAAGAAUAUCACAUAAUUCCGUAGGAUGUGGAUUAGGAUUAAGUAUUUCUAAUGCAAUUGUAUUGAAAAUGAAUGGAAAACAUGGAAUUCAAUUUACAAGUGAAUUACAAAAGGGAAGUGAAUUCUUUUUUACAAUAUCAAAUUCUCAAUAACUAUAUAAUGAUAGUGUGUAUGUAGCUAGUCAAACUUAUGUGAAAGUGUUAAAUUAAACUUAUUAUUUAGAACAAUAACCAAUAUCUGAUAGUUCACAUAAGGAAGAGAAUGGAGAUACUUGGAGAGAAAAAAGCUUAUUUUAAAGCAAAAUUAGAUAUCUUAAAUCAGCCGAUUCUAAAUCAUAAUUUGGUAUACCUUAAAAAUUAUAACUGGAAGAGGAUGAAAUUGAAUCUAGAUAAGAAGAAUCUAAAAUUAUGAUUCCUUCUUUAUAGGCUAGCCUUAAAUCAGAUAUAGUUAAAUUUAGUAUUGGAAGUAAUUGUUGUAGUAGAGUUCUUAUAGUAGAUGAUGAAUAUUUCAAUAUCCAAAGUCUAUAAUUAAUUUUACAUAGAUUUAAUGCCCAUUGUGAUUUUACAUUCAAUGGACAAGAAGCUAUCAAAAAGAGUCUUUAAAAAAUGAAAGAGCCUUGUCGACAAUGUUAGAAUAAUGGCUACGUUGUGUUCUUUCUUGAUCUCAAUAUGCCAAUAAUGGAUGGAUUCGACACAGUCAAAAAUCUUAAGAAAAUGAUGCAUGAUAAUCAAAUUCCAAAAGGAAUAUGCAUUGCAAAUACUGGCUAUGCAGAUUUAGAGAGUAAAUAAUAAGCUUUGAAUUCAGGAAUGGAUUUCUAUAUGAUUAAACCUAUUGAAAUAAAAGAACUAGCAAUGUAUUUAAAGAGAAGAUUUCCUUAAUGA